CUGUAAAGGAUGACGAAAGAUAGGUUAGACGAGUUACGGGCAAUGCAAAGAUAUGUGAAGUUUGAUGACAUAGAUACGUCAACGGAUUCGUCGAAAGAUGUUGACGAAUCUGAAGAUGUCAAUGUCGUUAAAGGCAGGUUCCUGGAUGCUUUCUUCAGUGAAGUGGAAGAGAUAAGAGAGAUGAUAAAAAAGAUUCAAGGGAUUUUGGCAGUGUUUAAUAAGAAGUACAAGGCCAUCUUAUUAGCACAUUCGAUAGAAGAGAACAAUAGCCAGGAAAUAAAAUAUUUUGUAGCGGAUCUUUUGAAAAACGCCAACGAAAUUAUAGCCAAAUUAAAGCACAUGAAACAAAAUAUCGUGCAAGAAUAUUCGAACAAAUUAAGGACUGAAGUCAGGAUAAGAACUAUACAACAUUGCAUGUUGACUCAUAAUUUCGUAACAAUAAUGACGGAUUACAACUGGAUGCAACUCGACUUCAUAGAUCCAUUCAAGAACAGGUUACAACGUCAGUUGGAGAUAAUCGGGAGGGCACCCACAGAAGAUGAGCUGGAGGAAAUGUUGGAUUGCUGCAUAUCGGAGACAUCCAUCCGUGAGGUAUAUGAUUUGUUAUUGGACACGAUGAUGCUCGUCCAAAGCGAGGAUGAGAUGAUCGACCGCAUUGAAUAUGAAAAUCCUCAAUGGGAUCAAUCAUUUCAGAUCAAUCACUUCGAACUACCACGUAAGGCAAAAAGAAGGCGUUGUCUAAUAUUGUAA